AAUUUCUUGAGAAAAUAUAACACAGUGCAACAGGUGCCACUGUUGUGAGCUCUUGACGGCAACUUCGCCUGCCUACUCAUUCUCCUCUUUCAUAAUUCCACAAGAACUUCGAAGCCGUUCAAUCAUCCGGUCAGAUUACUCGAAAAGCCGCUAUGAUUCCACGAUUCAGAGUUAAGAACACCAAAUUCAUCAGGCUAUUCACAUCGAUCAGAAGUAUCACAACCACUGAUUCGCUGUUCCACCACCGCUUCUUAACUCCACUUCCGUCUAAACCCUCUCUAGAACCCCACGCCGCCGCCCGCUCCGCUGGAUUCAUCCUUCGGUUUUCUCAGAAGCGCCACAGUUGGAAAGGGGCCUCCGACUAUGAUUACAUUAGGGCUGAUGUCAAUUGUCCAAGGUGCUCCAAGCAAAUGCCUGUCAUCUUCUCCAAUCGUCCCUUGUCCAUUACGGGUCGGGAGACAGGCGUCUAUCAUGCCCUAAAUCUCUGCCCCAAUUGCAAAACUGCAUUCUAUUUUAGACCCUUCAAGUUGGUUCCAUUACAGGGUACUUUUAUUGAGAUUGGUAGGGUUAAGGGCGCCAGGGACUUGGAUAACAUUGUGGAAAAUGAAUCGUGUCAACCUUCGAAAGGAGAUAUUGGCGCCAAUUCUGCUGAUGAUUCUGCGUUGCCUCCACGGUGGAAAGGUAGCUGUGGCGGUGGCCAUGGUAGCUUGGGUUUGGUGGAAAGUAACGGUGUUCCCAAGAACGAGGCCAAUUCAGGAAGGCAGUUGCUAACUCCCAAGGAAAUUUCUGAGGCUCUGGACAAGUUCAUCGUUGGACAAGAAAAAGCCAAGAAGGCGCUUUCUGUGGCAGUAUACAACCACCAUAAGAGGAUAUAUCAUGCCUCAUUGCAGAAAACUCCAGGGCAAGGAUCGCUGGGGAUUGAACUGGAGAAUGAUGACAAUGAAAUUGUGGAACUGGAAAAGAGUAAUGUGUUGCUAAUGGGUCCUACAGGCUCAGGGAAGACAUUACUUGCAAAAACCCUUGCUCGUGUUGUGAACGUACCCUUCACCAUUGCUGAUGCUACUGCGUUAACGCAGGCAGGUUAUGUUGGAGAAGAUGUGGAAUCAAUAUUAUACAAGCUCCUUCUGGAUGCAGAGUUCAAUGUAGAAGCAGCUCAACGAGGGAUAGUAUAUAUUGAUGAGGUCGAUAAGAUAACUAAGAAGAGUGAGAACGUAAACUCUGGCAGAGAUGUAUCUGGGGAGGGGGUCCAGCAGGCACUUCUGAAAAUGCUUGAAGGAACCGUAGUGGAUGUUCCUGACAAAGGUGCUCGAAAGCAUCCUCAAGGUGAUACAAUUCAGAUUGAUACAAAAAAUAUUCUCUUCAUAUGUGGUGGUGCAUUUGUUGGCUUAGAGAAGUGCAUCUCUGACAGGCAGCAUGAUUCUUCAAUAGGCUUUGGAGCACCAGUUCGUGCUAGCAUGAGAACUGGUGGAUUGACAGAUGAUAUAGUGACAUCUUCGAUACUGGAAUCUGUAGAAAGCAGUGAUCUUGUUACUUAUGGCCUCAUACCCGAAUUCGUCGGACGAUUUCCUAUUCUUGUGAGUUUGUCAGCUUUGAAUGAGGACCAACUUGUUCAGGUUCUUACGAAACCGAAAAAUGCACUUGGUAAGCAGUACAAGAAGAUGUUUAGAAUGAAUGAUGUCGAAUUACAUUUCACUGAGAAUGCUUUAAGAAUGAUUGCGAGGAAAGCAAUGAAAAAGAACACAGGUGCUAGAGGAUUAAGAUCCAUUUUAGAACACAUUCUGACAGAAGCUAUGUUUGAGGUUCCAGAAAGUAAGAGCAUAAGGGCUGUUCUGGUUGAUGAAGAAGCUGUUGGAUCAGUGGACGGUCCAGGAUGCGGAGCCAAAGUUCUUUAUGAUGUUGAUGAAUUAAAGCAGUGUUCAAAAAGUGGAAUAGUCAUAAAUCUGAAGGGAAAUGGUUUGUUGGUGGAGGACGAGGGUCGGUUCUCGAAUGGAGUCGAGUUUCCAUCCGUAACUAUGAGAUUGUAAAUGCUUUCUGCAGAUCAUGCAAGUAAGUUUAUUGGACAGAUCAGUAUCAAUCAAUAAUAAAGGGUUCUGUAGAGAAGUUAUGUGGACUUGUGAAGUAUGUUGCCAUGUAAAUGCAUAAUAAAAAACUUCUUCUUAUCUUAGGACGCCCACAUAUUUUGAAUCCCAAGAAGGAAUUUAGCUUAUAUUAAAUAAUGUAAUAUGAAAAAAGAAUAGCUUAUAUUA